AUGCGCCGCCGCCAGCACCUUGCCCUCGCCGCCGCCGCCAAAUCCCACGCCGCGCUCCUCAAGUCCGGCGCCUCCUCCCCCACGCCCUGGAACCAGCUCCUCACCGCGUACUCCGGCUCCGGCUCCGGCCUCGCCGCCGCGCGCCGGGUGUUCGACGAGAUCCUCCGCCCCGACGCGGCCUCCUGGAACUCCCUCCUCGCCGCGCACGUCGCCGCCGGCGCGCACCGGGACGCAUGGCGCCUGCUCCGGGCCAUGCACGCGCGGGGCUCGCCGCCAGCUCCUUCACCCUCGGCUCCGCCCUCCGCUCCGCGGCCGCCACGCGACGCCCGGAGCUCGGCGCCCAGCUGCAGUCGUUCGCCGUCAGAUGUGUAUGCGAAAUGUGGCCGAUUGAGCGAUGCUCGCCGAGUGUUCGAUGGAAUGCCAGUACGGAAUACCGUUUCUUGGAACGCGCUCAUUGCUGGAUACGCGGACUCUCAGAAGCCGGCAGAAGCAAUGGAUCUGUUUCUCGAGAUGCAGAGGGUGGGGUUGGUCCCAGAUGAUGGGACAUUUGCUGCGUUGCUAGCUACAAUUGAGGGCCCGCGCUGGUUUUCCUUGAUGCAGCAGCUGCAUGGAAAGAUUGUGAAGUAUGGUUCAGCAUUGGGGUUGGUAGUGCUAAACGCAGCAAUCACUGCUUACUCGCAGUGUGGCGCACUUGCAGACUCUAGAAAGAUCUUUGAUGGAAUUGAGAGUAGGGAUUUGAUAUCAUGGAAUUCUAUACUUGGGGCCUAUGCUUACCAUGGGAUGAACAGUGAGGCAAUGAGAUUCUUCGUCAGGAUGAUGCGGGAGAGUGGAAUCCAGCCUGACAUGUAUAGCUUUACAAGUGUCGUUUAG